AUGGGAAGUACAUAUAAUGAAGUUUCUCCAUUGGCCUUGGGAAAAUCAAGAAAUCAAAGACGCAGUAAAGAUCAAAAGACAAGAGAUGAUGAUAGUUCCUACGUGCCAGCACCUCCACCAGAGUCACCACCGCUACGAGUGGAGCCACCUGGAUUUAAUACAGCUUCAAUAAUGGGUGGGUCAGAUCCACUUCAAACAGCGCCAACUAAAAGAAACCGUAAUGGAAUCAACAAUGCCACCAGUUUUAUGGCAUCAGUUCCCGCUUUUAGCUUACCAAAUGCACAACUUCAAAGAAGUUUACCGAUACCUAGCGCUUCUGGUACCAUUUUGGAGCCACAGGCAGGAAAGUCGAUGAAUAUAUAUGGGGGUGCCGGACCCCUCAUGAGUUCAACAAAGGCUGCAAACAAUAAGUUUCAAGUACCACUCGACUCUUCGGUUGAAACGAGGGAAAAUUUUGGGCUGGCCCGUGUUCAAGAAGCUCAUUUGAUCAAAGGUAACAAUAAGAAACGCAAAAUGAGUAAUAAUAUGAAGUCUUCCAAGCAAUUGAAGGAAGAUGCUUCAGCAAGUUCCAUAGAGGAGCAAGAAAGAAGAAAAAAAAGAGCAGAAAAGUUCAGGACUUCAAGAGAUAACAGCAACAACUAUAAUUUUGACAAUGAUGAGAAUUUUGCUAAUUUGAAUGCUAUUAGUACGAAAUCACAUAAAUUUGAUAAGAAUAAUCGUAUUAUUGGACUUUGUCAGGAUCUAGAAAAAUCUUACUUAAGAUUAACCUCUGAGCCAAAUCCUAAUCUUGUAAGACCUUUGACAGUGCUGAAAAAGACAUAUGCGCUGCUCAUGAACAAGCACAAAAAGAAGAAGGCAAGCUAUCAGUAUUUAUGUGAUCAAUUCAAAUCAAUGAGACAAGACCUCAGGGUUCAAAUGAUUGAAAAUCAGUUCACUGUAAAAGUUUAUGAAUCCCACGCCAGAAUUGCACUAGAAAAUGGCGAUAUUGGCGAAUUCAAUCAGUGCCAAAGCCGGCUGAUCGUAUUGUUUGAAUUAUCCAGUAUCAAAGCAUCUUUUCUUGAAGAGUUUACAAGCUAUAGAAUUCUUUAUUAUACGCUAACCGAAGACAAUGGUAACAUAAACAUGCUGAGACUAGAACUUAUAAAGAAAAAUCCAGCUGUUUUCAGUAAUCGAAUGGUAAAAACAGCUUUUGAUUUAGCGCAUGCAAGAUUGAUGGGUGACUAUCAUAAUUUCAUGAAAAUAUAUGUUUCGUUGGAAACUCUAGGUAAAAAGCUAGUCGAUGCAUUCAUUGAAAAGGAAUAUUUAAGAUCCUUAGUAACCAUUUGUAAAAGUUACAAUCAAAUCAAUUUGGACUUCCUUGUGAGUGAAUUAAAAUUCGAAGACAAAGAAGCAUUAAUAGAGUGGUUUCGAAAAAGAGAACUGAACAAAUUCCUCCAUAUAAAAAAUCAGGGUGAGGAGAAUGAAUAUCAACUCCUGGAUACGAAGGCCUGCAGGCACGCUAUUGUACGACAGUAUUCCGGCUCCAAAGCAAUCGAUAUCAGAGGUCAGCAAUAG